AGAUUUGGCGGGCAAAGCGAGCAACUGCUCGAACGCUCUCCACCCACAGACUCCGAGCAACUGCUCGAACGCUCUCCACUCACAGACUCCGGUGCUAAGGUUUGCACUGCCAACAUGAGCUACUACAAUCUGCCCACCGUGCUGCCCAGCUCCCCCAGCAAGAUCCGGGGACAGAUCCAGGUCAUUCUCGGGCCCAUGUUCUCAGGGAAAAGCACCGAGCUGAUGAGAAGAGUCCGUCGCUUCCAGAUCGCCCAGUACAAGUGCCUGGUCAUCAAGUACGCCAAGGACACGCGCUAUAGCAACAACUUCUCCACACAUGACCGGAACACCAUGGAUGCACUGCCGGCCUGCAUGCUCCGGGAUGUGACCCAGGAGGCCCUCGGUGUGGCUGUCAUCGGCAUCGAUGAGGGGCAGUUUUUCCCUGACAUUGUGGACUUCUGUGAAAAGAUGGCCAACCAGGGCAAGACAGUGAUUGUGGCAGCGCUGGAUGGAACCUUCCAGAGGAAGGCUUUCGGCAGCAUCUUGAACCUGGUGCCCCUGGCGGAGAGUGUGGUGAAGCUCACAGCUGUGUGCAUGGAGUGCUUCCGAGAAGCGGCCUACACGAAGAGGCUGGGUCUGGAGAAGGAGGUACCUCCACUGGCUUCUGCCCAAGGAGUGGGUGGGCUUCGGCCUCGGUGUCUGAACCCCACCCUCACUCGCCCCUCCCUCCAGGUGGAGGUGAUUGGCGGAGCAGACAAGUACCAUUCGGUGUGCCGCCAGUGCUACUUUAAGAAGUCUUCAGCCCAGACUGUGGAGACAGACAACAAGGAGAACUGCCUGGUGCUGGGGCAGCCUGCAGAGGCCUCGGCUGUCAGGAAGCUCUUUGCCCCUCAGCAAGUCCUACAGUACAACUCUGCCAACUGAGGGGGCCUGGGGCCUGCCAGCUCCUACCCCUAAGUUAGACUCUCAGAGAGCAGGGAGAGGGGCACGGGCAGGGCCUGCCAUUCCUAAUGGACAAUGUGCCCUGCCUGGUGGCCAGGGUCCCACAUUCAACCAGAGGUGAGGACAGAGCCAUCCAGCAGUGUGCCUUUGGUGCUAGCUUCUUCAUUGUUGGUGGCUUUCACUGCUGGGUGUCGGUCUCAGAGCCUCACCCCUUACCAAGGCUCCAGGCCUCUCACAGCACCCGCAUUUCUGACUAAGGAUCCAUAUUGCCACUAUACCUCCCAGAACUAACCUUUGUCUGCUCAGACUCUCAGCUUUUAGUGAGCCGAGAGAGUGUGUUUCUUGUGCUCUGCCGUGCAAAGUGAGCAGUAUUAAGGAGAAUGUUUCUCCUUAGCCUAGGUCUCCCUGACUUGCAGCUGGGGCCCACAUGACUUGGGGGUAGAUAUUUCUUCUGUAGUACCAAUGGUGUCACUACAGCCCAAGAGGAACAGUGCCCCACAUUUCUUUCUCUCUCUCUCUUUUUUUUUUUUUUUUUGUUUUUUUUUUUGUUGUUUUUUUGAGACAGGGUUUCUCUGUGCAGUCCUGGCUGUCCUAGGACUCACUCUGUAGGCCAGGCUGGCCUUGAAUUCAGAAAUCUGCCUGCCUCUGCCUCCCAAGUGUUAGAAUAAAAGGUGUGCGCUACCA